ACCCUUCACACUCUACCAUCUACAGUGAGGAUUCCUAGCUUGCUACUUCUAUUUCAUAAAACUACAACUCCCAGCAGCACCUGGGGCAUCCUACAGAAAUAUCUGGCUGUGCUCGGUGGUGGCUGACAGGAAGCCGUGGAGGAAGAGGGAGGGUCAGUCCUGUGAAUGGACAAUGACACUGUGUAUGUAAUGAAAAUAACUUUCAGUGAUACAUAGCAACCAUGCUGAAAGCUGUAGCUGACACUGUACUGAGAUGGCCCUAUAGACCAUGGAGAAAAGCUCUUCUGUGCCAACAGAUUAUUUCAUCUGCUUGUUUUCAGGGUAACAUGAAGUUCACUUUUUCAGAUUCUUCACCAGAUUCCCAAAAAUGUGCAACAGAAAACAAAACAACAGUUGACAAUCUUUAUAAAUUGUCUGUGAACAUUAAGAAAAUUCACCGACUUAAAAGCUGGGUACUUUAUAAAGAUGUGGCCUAUGUUGAGGAGACUGCAAAUAUUUUGAAAGAAAUGGGAGCGAGUGACAUUACUGUGGCCAAUAUUCUUGAGUCUUGUCCAGAAGCUUUUUUACAGGAACCUGCAGAAAUCAACGCUCAAAAAUCCAACUGGAACUUAGUUUGCCCCAAGGAUGAAGAACUAAUAACACUAAUUGAAAAGUUUCCAGAUUCCUUUUUCACUUGUAAAAGCCCCACCAAUCAGCGAGACAACAUCAAAUACUUUCAAGAUUUGGGACUUAACAAUAAAAUUGUCAGCAGACUUCUAACAAGUGCUCCACAAAUCUUUUGUAAUCAGGUUGAAAGCAAUAAGAAGAUGGUCGAUGCUCUCGAAGAAAAUUACCUUAGUCUAGGGGGUACAAGAGGGAACUUUAAAACCUGGAUAAUGAAGUUAAUAAGUCAAGAUCCAUUUGUCCUCUCGAAUACCACCAAGACAAUGAAAGAGAACCUGAAGUUUUUACAAGAUUUAGGAUUUCAUGAUGAGAAAGUAUUGAAACUACUGUCUAAACUGAAAGGUUUUAUCUUUGAUCUAAACACAGGCACUAUGGAAAAGGGGGUUUUGUUCACAAUGUCGACUUUCAAAUGCAACAGUGAAGAGCUAAGAGAGAUGGUAAUAAAAUGUCCUGCCCUUCUCUACUAUUCUGUUCCUUUGCUGGAGGAACGUUUACAAGUUCUUCUCCGGGAAGGAGCCUCUAUACAUCAAGUAAAAGAAUGUCCUAAUGUUCUAGAACUCACCCCGCAGAUUGUGCAGCUUAGAGCUAGAAAAAUCAAACAACUGGGUCGAAGAAUACAGGACCAAAGUAUAGAGGUUUUAAAUGGAACUAAAAAAGAUUUUGAAGUUAAUUAUGGAAAGUUGCAAAGGGGAAAAGAACGUCCUCUCUUUAAUCCCGUUGCUCCAUUGCAUGUGGAAGAGUGAGUUAAACACUGUAUAACAGGGCUGGAACUGCGAGUGGAUUGUUGAAUUGGUUGUCUAAUUGUUAUAUUUACAAUUUAUGGUUUCCGAGUCCAUUAAACGGGGGUAUUAACUUUUU